UAACUUCUUAAAUUUAGUAGACUUAUUUUUUUUUUAUUUUAUAAUAUUAAUUCGUUUUACAGAAUCAUGGCGGACCCUUGGGUUAUCCAACCCCACGAACAUGCGAAGUUCGCAGAACACUUUCGUAAUCUUGGACCUAUUAAUGGCACCUUAACAGGCGAACAAGCGAAAAGGUUCAUGCUACAGUCUCAACUGCCUCCUCCGAUCUUGGGUCAAAUCUGGUCUUUGGCGGACACAAAUGCUGAUGGCAAAUUGGAUCUAAAAGAAUUCUCCAUUGCAUGCAAGAUUAUCAACUUAAAAUUGCAUGGAAUAGAAAUACCGAAGACUUUGCCACCAUCUUUGCUCGCCUCUCUUAGCCCUACAGGUGCAAAACAACAAUUUCCCCCACCGAAACCCCCCAUUCCUCCAAUGCCCAAUCUUUCCCAACCCCUAAUAAGCGGGCUACCCCCACAACCUUCACAAUCCUUACUGGGCGAUUUCUCCCAACCACCAAUCCCAUCAAAGCCAGCUGCUGUACCUGACCUAAUUUCAGGCGUUAAACCGCCCUUACCAACUCAACCAAUGAUGUCCAGCCAAUCUUUGAUAAAUCAGCCACUAGCCUCUCAACCGUUGGUUAGUACUCAACCAUUGAUUGGUGGGACUCAACCACUUAUUGGUGGUACUCAACCACUUAUGGGUGGAUCUCAACCACUUAUUGGUGGUACUCAACCACUUAUGGGUGGAUCUCAACCACUUAUCGGUGGAUCUCAACCACUUAUCGGUGGAUCUCAACCACUUAUCGGUGGAUCUCAAACUCAGCCAAUCAUGAACACUCAACCAUUGAAUCAAAGUCAACCAUUGGUCGGUUUGGGUCAAACUCAGCCACUUGUUGGGCCAACGCCGCUUGUGCCAAGCUCCCAACCACAAAUACCCACUGGUACAACGGUUGCGUCUGUAUCGAGUCCGCCUAAAUCUGCUAUAACAAGUGUAGCGGGUUCGAUGCCGCAGCCGGUUACUUCGACACCGAUCACGGCGGUUAAAAAUGAAUCAUUUUCUAAGCCUGGGUCACUGGCCACCAGCCCCACUGAGGUUCCAAUGGGGGUUGUUUCACCACCACCGGCCGCUGAGUGGAGCAUACCACAGCCCCAGAAACUUAAAUACACCCAACUAUUCAACGUGACGGACCGCGCAAAAACGGGUUCAGUAUCUGGGUCCCAAGCUAGGUCCAUCAUGCUACAAUCUAGACUGCCGCAGAACACUUUAGCUCAAAUCUGGGCACUGGCUGACUUAGACUCCGAUGGGAAACUUGGUUGUGAGGAGUUUGUGCUAGCGAUGUAUCUGUGUGAACGCGCCACACAAGGCGAGCCUGUACCGGCGAAGCUGCCUCCAGACUUGAUACCGCCUACUUUCAGGCGUGAAUCGGUGACCAGUCUAAGCAGUGUAAAGUCGUACGAGGAGAGAAGGAGGGAGAACAUGGCGAGGGGUCAAGCUGAGCUGGAGAGGCGGCGCUCUCAACUAGCAGACGUCCAGAUGAAGGAGAAGGCGGAGAGAGAACGCAAGGAGAGAGAGGAAGCGGAGAAGAAAGAGAAGUUGCGCCUAGAAGCGCAGAAGAAGGAACAGGAAGAGUUACUCAGGAAGCAGAAGGAAGAACAGGAGAAGAGGGAAGCCGCCAGGAAAGAGAUGGAGAGGCAGUGUCAACUGGAAUGGGAGAAGAAACGAACGAGAGAAUUAGAAGCUCUUAGAACGGAGGAGCAGAGCAAGGUGCUGUCUCUAAAAGCUCGAUCCCAAGCUUUGUCAGCUGAAUUGAAUUCGGUCAAUUUGAAAGCUAGUAACUUGGCUAAAGAUAUUCGAGACACGAGAACAGCGGUCGCCGCUGCGAAGUGUACCAUUGAUUCCAUGAGGUCAGACCGAGACGCAAGUAUGGCUGAAAUGCAGCAGCUCAAGGCUAAAGUUAAAGAACUAAACGCUAAACAAAUAGCUCUAAACAAGGAGAAGGCGGAAUUGGAUAGCAAGGUUAAAACCGAUAGCGCAGGCGAUGACGGAAAUUUGAACAUCAUGGAAGCCACUCUCAAACAAUUGAAAGAUAAGGUAGAUGCAGCGAAAGCGAUCGUUGAAAGUAAGAAAUCAGACCUGGAGAGCAACAAGUCUCAACUUGCUGAACUAUCUGAGACGGUGACCCAGCUGAGCGAGAAGUGCGAGACCGUGUGGAAACUGUACGAGAUGAAGAGGGACGAGUACGUCCAGACUCGUAACACCGCACCCGCGGACUCCGCCUGGGGCUCUGACGCCGACUGGGGAACUUCGACCGAAGCUUGGGGAGAGCCGGUGGCCAGUGAGGACGCGUGGGGAGACGCGCCCGCUGCCUCUGCUGUGGAGGCGGUACCAGCUUCCACUGGAAGUGCUCCAAAAUGGCGAUGUGUGUAUGAGUUUACCGCUAGGACUGCGGAUGAACUAAGCUUACAACCUGGGGACUUGGUAAGUGAAGCGACUGCGCCCAGAGGGGACGCUGAACCGGGUUGGAGAUGGGGUACCGCUAGAGGUCAAUCCGGCUGGUUCCCUGAGUCGUACGUGGAGGACAUCAACGCAGUGCAAAGCUAUGACGCCAUUGAGCCUCUAGAGUCGAAGACACAGCUUGAAGGUAUCGCUGAGGUUCCAGAAGCAGAAAUAACCAAUGAUUUGGGAGGAGCGAUGCCCACCGUUGAGGGAGGAGAUUUCUACAUAGCCGCGUAUCCAUACGCGUCUACGGAGCCAGGUGACCUAAUCUUUGAAGCUGGAGAGAGAAUAGAGGUGAUAAGAAGAGAUGGAGACUGGUGGACUGGCAGGAUUGGGACACGCACGGGCAUCUUCCCUUCGAACUACGUGACGAAGGACACGACCAGCAGCGCGGAGCCCAUGUCCAGUAUCCCGGAGGCUCGGGAGCCGCCACUGGAGCCCGAGCCAGCCCCCGCGGCCCCGGCCGCAGCCCCCGCCGCAGCCGCCGCCCCCUCCCCCACCCCCGUCUCGCCCGCUCUCGUCGAGGUCAGUGCAACAGUGACACUAUCAUUAUUUAAUAUAUUCCAGGAGCAGAAGUCAUCAACGCCUAUAUCCUCAGAAGUGGCUUCCAUCACUGAAGUAGCUCGACCUGCCUCCGUAGCUAGACGAGACUCUGGAAGGGACUCGGCCACUUCUAGAAGGAAGCACGAAGUUGCCCAGGCUCUCGCUAACUACACAGCUACCAGUUCCGAACAACUGUCAUUGAUAAAAGGACAGCUUCUGAUUGUACGUAAGAAAGCAGACAGUGGCUGGUGGGAGGGAGAGUUACAGGCUAAGGGCAGGAACAGACAGAGCGGUUGGUUCCCGGCUAGCUAUGUGAAGGUAUUGCAAUCGUCCGGUAGAACAUCGGGCAGAACUACUCCGGUCAUGUCCAAGAUGGACACCGUGCCAACGGAAACUGUCAUCGAUAAGGUCAUCGCGCUGUAUUCUUAUACAGCUCAAAACGCAGAUGAGCUUAGCUUCGAGAAGGAUGACAUCAUAGCCGUCACUGAUCGGUCGCAGGACCCCGCUUGGUGGCAAGGUGAACUCCGCGGUAUGACAGGACUGUUCCCCAGCAACUAUGUCACCAAAUUAGUCAACUAAAGGAAACCAAAUUAAAAAAUUGUAUCUGUAACCCUGCAUUCAUGGGUGUACCCGCGGUGGGGCAAGGUGGCCCAUUUGGCCCACCCUGACUCAAAGCCUAAUUGAUAUAGAUUUUAAUAAGGAAAUUUGAAAUAGAUUUAGCUGAAACAUCCGCAAGCUAUUAUUGUAGUAGUGUAGACACUAAAAGUAAAUGAAAGGUUACAGUAAAUAAAUAAUAAUAAUAUUGUACUAUGUAUUGCGAAUUACAUUUAUUUUUUGCCCCACCUUAUUAAAAUGCUGGGUACGGCCAUGCCUGCAUUACAUAUAUUAAUUUAUAGUUAAAAAAAUCGUGUUGAAUACAUAUGAUUAUCAUGUUUCACCAUUUAAAUAUAAUUUUUGCAAAAAUACACUGUUUGUGUAUACGCUUUGGUAAAAAAUUUAUCUUAGAUGUUUUUUUAAAUGUAGUUGUUUGUAGAGAAAUCAAAAUGUAGGCAGUCAUAUAGACUUGUAUAAAUUUUUUAUCAUUUUAAAUUAUUCUUCAUUAAAAAUAUUUUUAGUUAUUUUUCAUAUGAUGAGUUUUUUUAAAUAUAUUUAUAAUAUUCCAAUGUUAAUUCUGACAGAAUCUUCUUGUAAUGAAUAUUGUUUUUAUUACUUCAACAUUAUGAAAUAAGGACAUUUCUAAAGGUUCUUUUUUUGUAGAAAUUCUAUUAACAUGUGAAAGGAAUAUUUAUUAAUUUUAUUAUUUCGUAUCUACAAGUAAAUAUUUGUUAUAGCGUAUUUAAGAUUGGCUUCGUUUUCUUGUUAUGAUCAUGUAUUCUGUAGUUAUUGAGAAAUAAAUGUUGAUUAAUCGAAAA